CGGAGUGCUCGCAGUGGGUCGCUGGCGGUCGGAGUCGUAGCCGGUGUAUCCAGCGUGGGGCGCGUGCAGAUCCAGCGACUCAGCAGCUCCGCAUCCGGCCAGGCGGCGACAUGAUGCGUCGGCAGCGCUGCAGGAGUUGGGGCACGCUGCUGGACGCGCCCGAGGAGCGCGAGCGGCCGCCGGAGACCGAAGUCGAGUACGUGCGCUACCUGCAGCAGAAGAUCGCCGACGCCCAGGAGCGCCACCUGCUGCCGCUCAAGGAAGACGUCACCGACUGGCUGAACGCCACGCUGGGCACCGACCACAUCGAUGUCAACAACUACAUGGCCGUGCUGGACAACGGUCUGCUGCUGUGCCGCCUGGCCAAGAUCAUCGCCGACCAGGCGGCUCGCACGCACACGCUGGCGAUGCCGGCGCCAACGUUCAAGUUCCGCUGCUGGGACCGGGCGCGCUCGCGCUCAUUCUUCGCGCGCGACAACGUCUACAAUUUCCUGCAGUUCUGCCGGCUGGUCGGCUGUCAGGAGAACUUCCUGUUCGAGACGGACGGACUCGUGCUGCACACGCAGCCGCGCGGCGUGCUGCUGUGUCUGCUGGAGCUGGGCCGCCGCAGCAGCCGCUACAUCGAGCCGCCCGUGCUCGUGCAGCUGGAGCAGGAGAUCGAUGAGCAGGAGCGGCUGGCGGCCGCGCGCGACGGCAGCGACUCGGGCUACUCGGACACGGCGCAGGAGCGCGAGCGCAGCGCCGAGCGUGACGUGGCCGACGCGCGCUCGCCGCGCCCCUCCUCGCUGAUCCCAGUGCGGCGGCGGCGCAGCGGCGUGCGGCGCGCCGGGUACGUCUCGACGCAGCCGCGGCGGCCUCCGGCAGACGGGCGGAGCCGAUAG